CAUACAGACAUCAAGAUGUACACGGGUCAGAUCGUCAUGUUUGGGCUAGCACUGCUACUCACCUCUGUAAUCGUCAUCAAGGCAGAUCAUCAUGAGAAGUCUGGAGUUUGCCCUCCUGAGAGAUAUUAUACUCCCUCUGCGGGUGUUCCUGUACAUACAUGCACCAAUGACAGUCAAUGUGAAUGUGACAAAAAGUGCUGCCCAGAUAAUGGCUAUAAAUUCUGCAAACCUCCAGCGAAAGAGCGAUCUGGACAGUGUCCACCAACUACAAAAAUUGCAAUCAAAAAUCGUCAGGACUUUUGCUCUUCAGACAGUGAGUGUGCUGAUGGAUCCAAGUGCUGCCUUGGUUCAAACGGAAAGACCUGUCUGCCUUGUAAUAAAGUGAAGGCUGGUACCUGUAAACAGCCAAAUAUCCCUCAUUGCUUGCUAUUUGAGCGUCCCUUCUGCGAUAAUGACUGCUCUUGUCCCAAUGAUGAGAAGUGUUGUCCCAGUGGUUGUCGUUUCACCUGCCAGAAGCCUGUGUGAGGUUUCGAGAAUAAUAUCGAUCAAAUAUCCACGUUCAACACUUUUUUCUUGGGCGUCUCAUCCUUAUCUAAUGUCUUAAAGCACUCUACUCGAAAACGAAGAGAAAAUUAAUAUAUCAAACUUCCUGUCAAGAGUUACUUAUGUCCUUUAAUGCCAUCCCACCUCCCCAAUUGAAUAACUUUCUAAUUAAAAAAAAAAA